AUGAGUAGAAACUUCAGUUUAGAUAAACUAUUUCACAAAGUCAACAGGCGACAAUCAGAUACUUCAGUUGAUCCCUUAUCACCUUCCAUAAUAAUAAAUGAUGAUGACAGUCAGAGUAUCCGAACUAUUAGGAACAGAGCCAGGUCAUUAAGUAUGAUGCCCAAUAAUAGUCAUAGUUCAUUAUCUUCUAAAACUUCAAAGUCUCCAAUAGCUAAUCGUUCUAGGUCUAAAUCCUUGAAUAAGAAACAAGCUAAGGAAUUAAUCAAAUAUGAAACCAAUCAAGUAAUACUGAAGAAAUUACAAAGUCUUUUAAAUGAAUUGGGUUUACAAAAACCAACCCCUUUGAAAGUAAAUCAAUGCAAUAGCUCAAAUUUAUCGAAAAACAUCAAAAUUUACGUUGCAAAUUCCAAUAACUGUAUAUAUUUAGGACCUCCUAGUUCUGGUAGUUCAUCGUAUGAAGAUUUCGAAAAUGGUGUUGAAGAACCAAUACCUCCAACCGAAGAGGAACAACUCGAACAAGGGGAUGAAGAGGAAGAUGACGAAGCAACUGAAUUAAUGGAUGAAGAAGAUGUAGAAAAAGAAGACUUGGAAGUUCAUCAGUUCAAUGAUUAUGAAAAUUAUGCUGGAGAUUUAGAGAAUAUGCCCUCAGUUUUGAAAGAAAAAUUACAACAUUUCAAAUCUCCUAAUUAUUUGAGUACCAAAAUUGAUGCUGAUACUCCUAUUCCUCAUACUUUUGGAUUAAUCAUUGAAUUAAAUAAAGACACUGCCAUUCAAAAUUUGAUCUUUGAGUUUUCUUCCAUUACUAAUAUCUUAUGGCCAAGUGGUGAUCCUUAUAAUAAGACUUUUUUAAGAGAAAAAUUUAAAAUUGGAAGUAUUGAUUGGAUCAAAAAUUUGAAAAAUGCUGAUUUCUAUUUGAAUAAUUUAAAUUCUCAUGAUUUUAAGUUCAGGAAAUUAAGUCCCAAUGAAUUAGCUAAAAGAACCAGAUUUUAUAGAUUAUUCAAAUCAAAAAAUUUGAGUGAAGAUAAUGAAGAUGAUGAAUUAAGCAAUGUUUUUUCAAAUGAGAAUGAAUUUGAUGAUUUUGGUGAAGAUUUAUCAAUAACUCCAUAUACUUCUAAUUCAGCCAAUUCCAAUGGUGAAAUUUAUAAAGCUGGUCUUUAUAUAUUCAUGUUACCGAUUUUAUUACCUGAGAACAUUCCUCAGACUAUAACAUCAAUAAAUGGAUCAUUAAAUCAUUUUUUGAAUGUUUCAAUUCACAAAAAUUCCGAAAAGUUAAAUAGAAAAUUGAAACUUAAAUCAAGUUAUAAUUUACCCAUGGUCAGAACUCCUCCAUCAUUUGCCAAUUCGGUUGCUGAUAAACCUAUCUAUGUCAAUAGAAUUUGGAAUGAUUCCUUACAUUAUAUCAUUACUUUCCCAAGGAAAUACAUUUCUUUAGGUUCUGAACAUACCAUCAAUGUGAAAAUUGUCCCAUUGGUUAAAGAUGUGGUUAUCAAAAGAGUAAAGUUUAAUGUUUUGGAAAGAAUUACUUAUGUAUCCAAGAAUUUAACCAAAGAAUAUGAUUAUGACGGCGAGGAUCCUUAUUAUUUGAAACCUUUGAUAUCUAAGGAUAAACAACGUGAAAGAGUUAUAUCAAUCUGUGAGUUGAAAACCAAAAACAAGCCUUCUAACAGUUAUCUUGAACCUUACAAAGAAGAAGUUAUUAAAUGCCCUGACAACAAUUUACUUUUCAGUUGUUAUGAACCAGAUUUCACCACUAAUGACGAUGAUGAUAUUGAAAAUUUCAAAUUAGAUUCUUCCAAUAAACAUGAUAAAGAUAAAAAUGUGAUGAUUGCUUCACCAUUAGAAAUCAAUAUCGCUUUACCAUUUUUAACCACCAGAAAUGAUAAGAUUAUUCAAACAAAUAAUGAAGAAGAUUUGAAACAUUUACCAAGAUCCAAUCCAACAAGUAGAAAAGCGUCAAUAAUGUCCACAACUUCAUCUGACAACGUCAAUAAUACUCCAUCAUCACCAAUAAUAGGAUCUUUAGAAACUAACUUACUUCACAGUCAUAAUGAUAUUUUUGCAAUUGAUGAUGAUGAAUUCUUAACCCCUGAUCAGUCAAACUUGAUGCAUGAAAUAAGUCACAAUCAUUCAAAAGAAAAUAUUCAACAUGGUUUCACUACUAUUGGGAGGGCUUUGUACCCCGAUUCUAAUUAUAGACACAUUAAAAUUCAUCAUCGUUUACAAGUGUGUUUUAGAAUCAGUAAACCCGAUCCCAAAGAUAAUUACAAGAUGCACCAUUAUGAAGUUGUAGUGGAUACUCCAUUGAUAUUAUUAAGUUCAAAGUGUAAUGAGGAAUCCAUCCAGUUACCAAAAUAUGAUGAAUUACAAGUUGAUAGUGAUCCAUUACCUCCGUUAAGCCCUUCGAUAUCUUUCAGAACUCCUGAUUAUCAUCCCAACCAAGGUGUUAGUAAGAAGCCAUCGCAAGGAUUUGUUAGGGAGAAUGGUCAGGUAUCAGGUAACGGGUUUUCAAUAAAACCAUGGAAUAAUCAUGAUGAUAGUUUACCAAGUUUCGAAGAAGCUACUUCGCCUAUCCUGUCACCAGUAAUGAGAUCUUUCUCAGUUUCGGAGGAUCCUUUAAGUAGAAUGCCUUCGAUAACUCAAGACAUGUAUCCUGAUCCUCCAGCCUAUGAAGAACCCGACUCCAAAAAGAAUUUUAAUGAAUCUAACCCCAUAAACAUAGAUGCUAUUGUCAAUGACAAGGAUCAACUCUGUGAAAGUCCUAAACAUACUCGAUCAAGAUUGAGAUCAUCCUUAGUAAAUUCUUUUGCUCCAACUGGUAUGUCUAAUCUGUCAAGCUUAGCAAUCCCAAUGUCAAGUAACUUGAGUGUUUCUCCUACAAACACUUCGGCCAUAUCUGAAGCCAUGGGGAAUCUUGAUUGUAAUGAAGAUUCUUCGAGUUCUUUGGAUUCAAAUACUGGCGAUUCAAGUUCUAAUGAUGAUAGCAGGGUCAGUUUAAAUAAUAAAAUCACCCCAGACCCGAUUGAUGAUAAUAAUUUGAUCUGUAACAAGAACGAUUUGACCACACCUGUACUCAAUGAAGUGAAAAAUAGCAUUUCAUCACUUUCCUUGGAUAGUGGUAUCAAUUCAGGAAUCCCGGAUACUUCAAGUACAGGUAUUACCACCGAUGAAGACGUGAGUAAGACAGAUGUGAAUUCAAUCAAUGAUUUUAAAGAAGAUUCAGAUAAGACACCACAGGAAGGUACACCAAUGGAUAUCACAUUAUCAGAUGUCACUGAAAUUAGAGGGUCUAAAGAGAUAAAAGAGACAAAACGGGACCCAGAGUCCGAUAGUGAAGCUGAUGAAUCAAGAGAUGAAAUAAACGACAUCAAUCCAAUUAAAUUUACUGCUUUCCCUAAUGAUAGUGAGAGUAAUAUCAGUAUUUUCACCCAAGGUUCAUUUGAUCAAAGAUUACCCUUAUUGAGAAACAUCAGUACUGAAUCAAAUUUACCCCUUUCGAAAUACAUGGAAACCCCCAAAUUUAGCAGUGAUAACAUCAUUACUGAAAACGAACCCCAACAAGAAAUUUAUCACGCCUAUUAA